AUUGACUCGCGAUUCGAUCCCUCAAUCAAGGCCGGCGAUUAGUUACCGUUUGUGGCACAUAGUCAUUGUAACUGGCAUCGACAGAGGAGAGACAAACUACGUUACUUCACUGUUGUUCUCCGCCAUGCAGAACCCGUGGCCUGGAGUGCAUGCAGAAUGAAAUUGCUCCUCGAGACGUCUGGAUGGUCCAGUGGCUCGGUGUCCACGAGUAGCGCUUACGAGUGCUAUUCGGUACCGGUGCAUCGAGCGCGAGAUAUACUGUUCCUCUUCUCAACAAUUUCCUGUUGACUGGUGUUGUAUGUAAGUACGUGUACAUGUACAGAAAUGAUAAGAAUUCUACUUACAACGUCACAGUGGAUGGUGGCUACUAUCUGCGUGUCCGGAAUAAUGGAAGGAAUGCGGGAUAAAAGCCAGCAGCAACGUGUUGCUACUGAAUCUUCUACAGUGUUGGGGUUUGCUGCACUAAACAUUGAGUCAUCCCUGCGUUGUGGCGUCAAUGCCGAGCGCCGUGAUCAGAGCUGCGUAUUUGAGAACCUGUGCUACUGGCCGCGGUACGAUAGUUUUGUGUUUGUUCAUGGCGAAGACUCGGUACAGUCGGGCAUGCCGCGUGACCGGUUUAGCGAAGCGUUCCUGGACUUAUCUAGCGUGGACAAGCACAAUAAUAUGUACUUUGAGUUCAGUGAUGUGUCACGGCAUGCAUUAGCUGGACUCAACGUGGUCUUCCAAGCUGGACAGCAUGUUCUGUUGAAACGAUUCCACCCGGAUAACAUCAUGCAUGUGCUGCAUGAUGAUAUCCUGCCGCUAUACCACACGCUGCGACGCUGGGGUUCUUGCAGACACACCGUGACUAAUAAUCAACCUCCCCGGGAACAUGAACUUGGCGGAACGUGUGGCCCUCGGCAUUCUGGGCACGACACAUCGCAACAGGUAUGGUCCGUGCAGAGCGACGGUGAACAUAAAACACACUCCAGCACUGACCCAUCUACAUCAACAUUGCAUGGUGGCGAGCAGCAUGUGCCUCCCAGCCGAGGGCACACGAGCCAACAGCAUGACAAGUAUGCAUCUGGAACAUGCGAUCGCAGUCCCGGCAUGCCCGGAAUAGAGGCAUGCGAUCGCAGUCCCGGCAUGCCCGGAAUAGAGGCAUGCGAUCGCAGUCCCGGCAUGUCAGAUGAGGCAUGCGAUCGCAGUCCCGGCAUGGCAGAUGAGGCAUGCGAUCGCAGUCCCGGCAUGUCAGAUGAGGCAUGCGAUUGGCCAUCAGUGGUGUUUGUUGAUACUCGCGAUCACGGACCAUGGUUUGAAUGGCUGCAAAUGCUCUCUGGAAAAGGUCUCCUGAUCAGUAUGUCUGAUAUCAAUAGCCGUGGUGCGGACACGUUGACAUGUUUUGAGCAUGCAACCAUAGGUCUGGACAAGACCUCUACCUGGUAUCAGUACGGUUUUGAUUCAGGACCACAAGGUGCCAUUCCUGAUAGCAAUGCCUCAGCUGCACAUAUUCGUCAGUUCGUGAAGUUCGCGUAUGUGUCCUAUGGCUUACAGCAGCCAGGCAAAGUCCCUGAAUCUUUCAGCAGCUCCAUUGAACACCGGGAUACAUGGCACACCUGCAUUCUUGCCAGGAAGCAUACACGUCUGAUCCUCAACGAGCAAGAACUGGUGUCCUGGCUAACAGAGAGAUACUCAUUGCCAACUGAUGUUAUUUACAUCGAGGAGAAGUCUCCUCAAGAGCUCAUAGCGGCCAUGCGCUGCUGCCAUACUCUUGUUGGGAUGCACGGCUCUGCUCUGAUUCUCGCCAUGUUCUUGCCUCCUGGCGCCGCACUCCUGGAACUCUUUCCGUUUGCUAUUGCUGCUGACAAGUUCACGCCAUACAAGACCAUGGCAGGACUGCUAGGUGACUAUCUUGUCUAUGAUGCAUGGGUUAACACGAAUGAAAGACUUACUGUAACUCACGCUGAUAGAGGCAAAGAGCUGGGAGGACUUUCACAUCUACCUGCCAGUGAGCAGAACCAGAUCAAGCGUAGCUCUCUUGUCUUGCCAAAGCCCUGCUGCGACGAUCCAGAAUGGCUAUACCGAAUCUAUCAGGACACAACGAUUGACAUUGCAAGCCUCUCGGCAGCAGUUGAUGAUUUGGAUGAGGCCGCUGAACAACUUAGACGAAGGCUAGCUAAACAGGGUGAAUCUCAUACUGGAACUUUGCCAAUGUUUCUAGACCGACCUGGGGAUGUGUCUUGCCAAACUCGUGGCGAUGGUAUCCUUGGCCAAUGGAAGAAACCUUGGAAUGUGGAUUAUGCAAUGUUGCGCAAUGCAGAGCAUGUCGCAUCAAAUUCAGAAGAGAAUGCAAUUUGGUAUGAGGUGUGGAUUCAGGGUGCGAGUAGAGCGGAUUACAAAGCAUUCAUGACACAAGCAGUAAGUAUCCAAGUGCAGCUUGCUGAGCUACACAAUGACUCCAGCUACAUUCUAUGGGUGCGUGCUAUGUCGGGGCUUGAGGCGACCCCAGGACCAUUUGCCUCAGCUGUGUUCUGUCUCACUGCCUGACACUACACAGCCAUAGUGAUGAUAUGUGAUGAUGAUGAUGUAGCUUGCUGACUCAUUUGCAAACACACUGAUAGUUGUGAUCCACACUCCUAAAGUCUGCUUGAUCUUGACUUAUAAAAAAUUCCGCAAUUUAUCAUGGUACCAUUCCUGGAAGAUAUGGCUGUUAGCUUCUGCUUCUAUUUUAUUUAUACUCUUUACAAACUUCUAGUCGUGUAGAGUGUCUGUGAGGAUGGCAACUCUUGAAUCUCUCCAGAGUGUGGUGUACGGCACACACAACCAGG